AAGUGAGUAAAAAAAAGUGUAUAAAUGAAGUAUUAUUGACUCUUGCCACUACAUUCAUCACUGUUCAACUUGGACGCAAUCGACUACCACAACCACCAUCUUCCUUUCCUUACAUUUCUCUUCCUUCCAACCCCCAUCCUCUCUCCUCCAUUUCUCAAGUAAGUAUCAAGAAUGCAAUUCUUUGGUGGUUCUGAGAUUAGUCCGUCGCCGCCUGCGCCGACUGCUUCAGGAAACAAUGGCCAUAUGCUGUAUGUUUUCAAUAGAAAUGGUAUAUGUUUGCUUUAUAGAGAGUGGAAUCGCCCCUUGCAUACGCUGGAUGCUCAACAAGAUCAUAAGUUGAUGUUUGGUCUGCUCUUCUCACUCAAGUCGUUAACUGCCAAGAUGGAUCCCACUAGUGCCGAGAAAGGGAACCUUGGUGUGCCUCAGUUACCUGGUCAAGGUUGUUCAUUUCACAGUUUUCGCACUAAUACAUACAAACUUAGUUUCAUGGAAACUCCUUCUGGAAUAAAGAUUAUCUUGGUAACUCAUCCUAGAACUGGUGAUCUCCGGGAUUCCUUAAAGUAUAUCUACAAUUUGUAUGUUGAAUAUGUUGUCAAGAAUCCACUCUAUACACCCGGAUCUCCUAUCAGGUCCGAGCUGUUUAAUACAACAUUGGACCAGUAUGUGAGAGGCAUUGCAUAAAAGCUGAACGGUUACAAUUUACCAUUAUCAACGAUGAACACAUAUGUUGUAAAAUGCCUUGUUAUGCAUGGUGGUCACUGCAUUAUCAGUCACAAACUCUUGGGAAGGCCUUGCCUGCUGUUUAUGUUUAUGUUAUUGCAAUAGACGGUGUGACAAUGUUAAUACUUGAUCGGAAUUCAUUGCUCAAAAUUUAAACCAAAUGAGUUCUUGAUUAUUAUUGUCAAUUUGUUACAUAUGCACUACAAACUCAUUUUGGCUUUUGUGGAUUGUACUGAAUUUUUUUUGUAUAAUAUGAUUCUCUUUGCCAAAGUUAAACCUCAAGCUUAGUGUGGAUAUCUAUGAUCAAAAUAGAGUAGUUUUGUAAAACAGACAAUAUAAAAACUUAUGUAAGCGCUUAUUUCUUCAAGUUUUUUGGGUCUGAAGAUGAAUUGGUAAUAACUACUAAACGGUCCAACCUAGCAAUGUCGGUUUCGGCCAAUUAAACUAGGUCUUUGAUUUAUUCUUAGUUGAAUCCUUACAAAAUCAUAUUUACUACUUGAGUCUUGAUAAAAAUAAAUGUAAGGUUGGGUAAGACACAAACAUAAAUCGUCCGGACCCAUCAUUUGAAGACCCUGCAUGAAACCAUUGGCGGAGGA